AUGCCUGGAAAUGAUGCGUUCAAGAAGAGGUCCCGAAGCGGGUGCCGUACCUGCCGCAAGCGCCACCAGAAAUGUGACGAGAGAAAACCCACGUGCUGGAACUGUCACUUGCGCGGGAUUAAAUGCGGAGGGUAUGGCAUCACGCUGACCAAUUUCACGGCCUACAGCGGUGUGAAGGGCCAGAUGGUGUCAAAGAUGAUGAGAGACGACCCUGAUAGCGACAGCUCCCAUGACGAGAAUGUCCCGAACGUCGCGACUUCUGCGUCAAUGCCGCAGGCGGAGGUUGAUCGUGAGCAGCCAGAGUCGCCCUUCCCGUCCACAGAUCUGGCUGUCCUGCCGGCAUCUGAGGCAGUUGCUACCGAAGUUCUUGAUACCCUUUGCCUGGAUAGCCGCACAAACUCAGUCUCACCCUCGGAUGUAUCUAUGUCCGGGCAAUGGCUUCCCGCCAGCGAUCAGCCUAUAGAAGAUGAAGGCAUCAUCGAUUUCUUGCCUUUCUCAUCUAUUCCUGAACCGACCCUGCAACUCACACCACGGGACCCUUUUGAUCAGUACCUAUUUCGUUAUUAUAUGGACAACCUCUCUUUAAGGCUCUACCCAGUCAAACGCGACCAGAACCCGUACCGGAUCGUCUAUGGAAAUUUAGCGACCCAGUCUGAACCACUUUUUAGGGCCAUCAUGCUCGCCUCUGCCUUGCAUCUCUCGAAGUUGGGAAAAUUACCCAAGUUCGCCAUCAAGCACUACCGCACGGCAAUGCAAGAGUCAUUUCGCGAUAAUCUCAAGAAGGGGGGAGAGGCCUGGAGUUUGGGAGCUACCGUUCUUCUUUCCGUCGUCUUUGAUAUCAUUGGGACCGGUAUGGAUACGUGGAGCUCGAGACUCAUCGGCUGUCGUCGACUACUGGAGAUGGCUGUCCGGAUGCCAGGCAGCGGGACACAUGUUGGACUUCAGUGCGUGCUCUUACAAUACAACUGGGCCGUCACUAUGGGGAAAACACUACUAAGGGGCUUAGUGCCUCCCGCCACAUUUGAUGAACUCAAAUGCACCGAUGAAGCGUCGGCCUUCCCUGGUGCAGUUGAGGGCACUGAGAUGGCUACACAGCAAUCACAGUGGUUCGAUAACUUACCGGACUAUCAGAUGCAUGUAUUCUUGCGCGAGGCGACCGAAUACUCUCUUACGGUGGACCGACUAAAAGCGCUUCCCGGGGGUGUGGAGGAGCUACUGCAAAUGAUGCCCCGUGUUGCCGACCUUGUUCACAGAAUCGAAGCCUGGCAGCCUUGUGUCUCAGCUGUGCAGGCUAAAUACGUAGAUUCGGUCCAGCAUUUCAACGAAAUUUGGCGGCUGGGCAUGCUGUGCUUUAUCUAUAGCGAGAUUUACAGCCUGGGCCCCAGUGACUACUACUUGCAGACGUGUGUGGAGGAGUCGUUGGAGCCGUUACGGAAGCUGUCCUGGCUGCAGGCGUGCCUAUUCCCUAUGUUCAUGAUUGCCGUGCAUGCCCAGACAGAAGCAGCACGCACAAGUUUUAUGACCAAGCUAACAGAGAUGCAUGUCUUGUUAGGGUUUCAGGGUCCAUUGUCAGUGGCUUCGACCCUCAAGCACGCAUGGGAACGGUCGGACAACACCGAAGCAGGCAAGGUCAAAUGGAGAGAGGUUAUCCGAGAACUAGGCAUGGAAUUAAACAUUUUACUGUGA